AUGCCGGACGAAACAAUGAAGAGCGAAGACAGUGAAGUGUUUAGUGAGAUGAAUGUUACGGAAAAGAAUAACUUGGGCGAGGCUACAAUAGAAGAACGAAUUGACCAAGACGACGACAAGAAGAACAAAGAAGAUGAAAGUGAUGAAGCUAGGCGAGUAGAUCAGGAGGAGGAAAUAGACCCAGAUUCACGAACGAGUGAUGAUCCUGACGAUUUUAAUGAAGCCGAUAGAGGUAUAGUGGCGGAGGACGAAGAUGAUGACAGCGAUUUUGGAUCAUUUGAUGACGCUUCGUUUACAGAACUCGAGGAACCAGAAGAAAUAAAAGCAGCAGAAAAUACUCAAGGAGAGGUAUCAGGUGAAUGUGUACACUUCAGUGAAGAAGUGCUCAAUAAUCCAACUCUAUUUGAAAAAAACUUGCAUGAAACAAUGGAUAAAGUAUUUACUGAUAUAAGCCAUAGCCAACACCAUAAUCAGGAUAGCAAAGAGAAUUCUUUAUUGACGGAACGAUCAGGUGAAAUAUAUAAAGAAUUGUCUCAAAUCCCUCAUCUACAACCUCCAAACUGGAUUAAGCUGAAUGUUCGUCAUAAUUUGUUGAUCAAAUUGGGUGUUCCGAUUAAUUUAGAUGAGAUAAAGAAAGAAAAUCAUUUACUCCAAACUCCAAAGGUACCACGUAGAAAGUCUGUCAACGAAGAAGACAUAAAGUGGGACGGAUUUGAUUUACCUGCUUUUGAAGACUUGGGCAUUUCAGUAGAUAAAAAAGCAGACCUAUUGAAUAAAACCACAGAAAUCUUAUCAGUUAUUGAAACAGAUAACUUAAAUAAUUCAUCGCAUCAAUUCUUAGAAUCCUCAAACACAGCGAAUUUGCAAGAGAAAUUGAAACAGUAUAAUGAUAAUUAUGCUCAAUUAAUUGAAUUGAGUAGUGUUUGGAAUAAACAAUUGGAUGAUCAGAAGCAGAAUUACGAAGUUUAUGAAUCGGUUAUACAAAAUUUAAUUGGGUAUAGUCAAAAAUUGAAGAGAGAAGAAAUAUUGGCACAUUUGAAGAAUAUUAAGCUGAAAUCUAAGACUAAGAAAUCAUUUUGGAAAUAA